UAGUAGACAAUCCAGACACGUAGCCAGAAGGCUUCACUGCAACAAUGCCAGAAUCCUCUCUAGUCAAGGACAUUUGCAGCAGCUCCGUUGAAUGUGGACCAUCUCCCUUGAGACAGUUUAACCAAUCAUCGCUGCCACUGCACAGAAACUACAUUCUCAGUACCUUCUGCACAGAGCACAAUGUGCAGGAAUGUCUAUCACACAUCAAUCAGGAGAUGUCAUCUCUUGGCCUCCCACCAGUUUGGACGGAGUCGAGCGGCAGCACAGAGAUGAAUGUUGUUGCUGUGCUAAAUUGCAUAUAUGACCUGAUUCAGCUGCACCGCAGGGGCCUCCGGACCCUGGAAAACAUGGAAGUGGAACAGCUGAAGUCCAGCAGCAACGUGGACUACCUGCAGUUUACCAACACCCAACUAAAAGAGCAGCUUGAACUGUCCAAAAGAGAAAACACAGGACUUCUUGAGAGAGAACGACAGCUGCAUCUGAAAGUGAAGAGUUUGCAGAACUGCCUGAAAAAUGAAAAAGAUGAGGUGCAAAAACUUCAGAACAUAAUUGCAAGCCGGGCCAGCCAGAACAACCAUGAGAUGAAAAGGAAAGAAAGAGAAUUUAACAAACUGAAGGAGCGCUUGAAUCAACUUCUGGUUGACAAAAAGGAGAAGAAACAAGCCAUUGAUAUAUUAAACAACAUUGGAAGAGCUGACGGGAAGAGAAGCCUCUGGAAAACUGAAAAGACGGAAGCAAAGCAUGAGGGGAAGAUGUAUAACACUCUGCUGAGCGACUAUGACACCCGACAAAGGGAGAUGCUGAUGGAAAAUGCAGAGUUGAAGAAAGUGUUGCAGCAGAUGAAAAAAGAAAUGGUGUCCAUUCUGAGUUCAAGGAAACCAGCGCUGAAAGACGGCAAACAUCAAGAUGAUGGCAAUCAGGCUGACUCGGAGGAGGAAGAGCAAGUGUUUGAUUCCAGUAAAGAAAGUGUUGAGUUGUUUUGUGUUCACGCCCGGGAGAAGCUGACCAACAGUAUUCGCCUCCAGUGGAGAAGACUCAAGAGCCACGUCGAAAGAUUGGACAGCCAAGCGUCUUUAGCUCAGAUGGGCGAGAACAAAACCGAUGAUACUAUAUCCCGAGAGACUCAUGAGGAGGAGAUGGACAGACUGAAGCUGGAGAUCCAGCAGUGCAAAGACUUCAUUCAAACACAACAGCAGCUGCUGCAGCAGCAGCUGAGCUCUCCGUGUGAUGAGGAGACCGCAUCCCUGCUGAGUGACUGCUACAUGCUGCAGGAGAAAGAGCGCUUCAGAGAGGAGUGGAAGACCCUGGAGGAACAGAGGAAGAUCUUCGAGAGGGAGAGGAGGAACUUCACUGAAGCAGCUAUAAGGCUUAGCCAUGAGAGGAAGGCCUUCGAGGACGAUCGAGCAAUCUGGCUCAAACACCAGUUUUUAAACUUGAGUCCAUUUGCUGACUCAAGGAAACCACAGAUGUCAAAGUCUAAAAGUGUCUUUUUAAUAUCUGAAACAGAGUCAAGUGCACCAUCGGCUCCAGACAAGCUCAUCAAAUGCCGGUCUGACACAGCCUCCCCCACACCCAGAUGUGUCCCAAUAGCAUCACCAUCAACAGCAGACCUGUAUCGCACACUUUGCCUUAUCCCAGAAAAAAGAUCAACCAAACUAAAUGGAAAGACUGACCAUGUUGAGGAAUCAAGCCUCUUUUUUAAUGGAAACGUUCCAGUGCAGCACAAACAGUGGAACGACCGUGAAGACCACAGCAGCCAAACACUCCAAAAGGAAAAGACUAGCUCUAUAUGA